AGUGGUCCCUCAUUAAUGCAUUAUAAAUUAGCAAAGUGGUUUCGUUUUGCUAAGUGGAGCAGUGAGGCAUAGAAACACAUCGUUGGCUGCAUCUACACUAUAGAGCUUCAAGUCUACAUCAUUGUAUCUACAGCCCGAGUGGUACAAGGAUGUGUUCUCAUCCACAGGGUGGUUACUUCACCCCUCCAACAACCAGAGCACAUCGUGGUCUCUCACCCUAUCAUGAUGACUCUCUCAUCUCUCAGUCUGGGACCAUCUCCCCUGAGCUGCAGGCACACACAAUGUCUGACACUAGUCACCUUCGUGGCUGGAAGUCUAGCAGACCAGUGCCUCAAUCCGUACCCUCACACGCAGGAUUCCGUAACAGUCAGAAGGGACGAAUGCUUGGUAGAGCUGAGACAGUGGGGACUGGACUAGGAGGAGUAGUCCUAGAGGUGGCAGCCCGACCAGAGUGCUCUGUCUGCAUGGAUGAGUUUGCUGAUGAGGUGCUCAAGGUACCGAGGAACCUUCUCUGUGGACACAGCUACUGUACAGAUUGCCUGGACCAGCUACUGCACAAGUCACUAGACAGCCUGCCCUCCAUCACUUGCCCCAAGUGCUGCAAGGUGACUGAUCUAGCUCAACGUGACAUUACAAUCCUGCCCAAGAACUACUCACUCCUGGAGAUGAUCCGAGACUCCGCCUCCUCUCGUUCUACUAGCCCCGCCCCCUUCAGAGAGAAGUCCCCUGUCCCUGUGGCCUUGCGUUGUGAGGAGCAUGGAGACAGUCUCUCGAGCUUCUGUACCAAGUGUGGGGAGUUAGUGUGCAGCUCUUGUCUCGUGUAUGGCAAGCACCGGGACCAUAGCAACAAGACCUUGUUUGUGAGUGAGGCAGCUAUCAAAUACAGACAGAAACUAGUUGACCUGAUACCUGAGGUACGCUCCACACGAGGGAAGAUGCAGUCAGCAUUAGAGCAGAUCCAGAGAAUGAGUGCCAGUGUGGAGGAGAUGGGAGGACAACUGGAGCACGAGGCUGAAGAGACAUACGGGCAACUAGUAGAGCUGAUAGUGGCCAAACGAAAUGCCCUCAAACUGGAGAUAAUGGAGCGUACUCAGAUACGCCUGGAGGCACUCACUGAUCAAGCACUUGAUCUCAAGGAGUGUAUUGAAAAGGCAUCUUCUGUGGAGAGGACAGCAGACGGUCUGUUGAGAGGUGAUGAUUACAGUCUCUUACAGAAGGCCACUCUGACAAUGGAUCAGAUAGAGGGUAUCUUUGUUAACCCUCCACAAGCUACACCAAAGGCUCAGAAUGACUUGCGUUGUGAGUUCUCUGAUAAACCUGCAGAGGAGAUUGCUGCUCAGGUAGCAGUCUAUGGCAUUGUCAGACCAGAUGUGGGUAUCAUCAGCCACUUGUUUGUCAAGGCCUAUCACGAUGGGUUCUCCAUCAAGUGGGAUAGCCAUAACUUCACUGACAAUGAGGGGACCACCUACUAUCUCCAAAAGGCAUGGGGAAGAGAGGAGGACUUCACACCUCUAUGUAGAGGCUCCUCCACCAAGUACAACUACAAGGAUGACCUGAAACACGGCCAAUCCUACAGGUUCAGAGUUCAAGUGCGUACCCCCGAAGGUGUUGGUAACUGGUCAGAGCCAGUGGAGGCAGUCAAAGCAGCACCAGAGUUUCAUUGGCAUGAGUCAUGGCGUAAUGUGAAGGUUGAGCUGUGUAGGAAUAGACUGGAGGCAGCAUGGACGAAGGGAGGAGCACACAACUUCUGGGCGACCUUUGCUGGAGAUAAACUCUUUCUCAAGGGCAAGCACACCUUCGCUGAGAAACACUACUUUGAGAUUGAGAUCCUUGAUUUGGGCAAGAGCAAGUCUCUCAAGAAACUGGCACUGGGUGUCAUCAGCUGCCGCAAAUCAAGCGCCAACUCAUUGCCAUGGCAAGACGGCAAGAAUCCGAUUGGUCAAUGGGAUACCCCAUCGUGGUCAUUCCAGCCCAUGUUGGGUGUUGUCCACUCCCAGGGUACAUCAGCCGAGGGUGUCCAGUAUAGUAAGGAGAGCUCCCUGACUGUAGGGGACAGAGUGGGCAUGUUGGUAGAGCUCGAUGAAGGGAGGAUCAGCUACUUCCUCAAUGGUCGUGAUCUAGGAGCAGCCUUUGUAGAGUUAGAUGAGGAGAGUGUACUCCCGUGUGUGUCCAUCAGAGACAAGGUACGGGUCCUGCUCAGGUUCCCCCCUCCUCCAUACCAACACAGGAAGAUCAAGCUCACCAAACUAUCCUCACGAGGACAAGCACAAAUUUACUGAUUUUGAACUAUGAACUUUGUAAAUCUAUCAUUUUAGUUUUGUAUUAUAAUAUACCAGCGGGGUUAAUUAUACCAGCGGGGUUAAUUAAUGACAAUAACAAACUUUUUCUUUUUCUUAG